UCUUGCACAGGUGUACCAGCUGCUCCCCUUCAGUCUAGCACAGGUGUAACAGCUCCUCCCCUUCAGUCUUGUACAGGUGUAGCGGCUCCUCCCCUUCAGUCUAGCACAGGUGUACUGGCUCCUCCCCUUCAGUCUUGCACAGGUGUACUGGCUCCUCCCCUUCAGUCUUGCACAGGUGUAUCGGCUCCUCCCCUUCAGUCUUGCACAGGUGUAUCGGCUCCUCCCCUCCAGUCUUGCACAGGUUUAGCGGCUCCUCCCCUCCAGUCUUGCACAGGUGUACUGGCUCCUCCCCUUCAGUCUUGCACAGGUGUACUGGCUCCUCCCCUUCAGUCUUGCACAGGUGUACUGGCUCCUCCCCUUCAGUCUUGCACAGGUGUAUCGGCUCCUCCCCUUCAGUCUUGCACAGGUGUAUCGGCUCCUCCCCUUCAGUCUUGCACAGGUGUAUCAGCUCCUCCCCUUCAGUCUUGCACAGGUGUAGCGGCUCCUCCCCUCCAGUCUUGCACAGGUGUAGCGGCUCCUCCCCUCAGUCUU